CAAUCAUCAGGCAUGACUGUGUAGAAUAGCCAAUUUGGUCAUCGCUUAAACUGCUGUGGAAGUCAAUUGCGACACUCUUGUGCUUUCACUCUCGGGCAAACGACCAGUUCUUCCCUCGAACAAUUACGUGUCAAGGAACGCGUCUGUGAAAGAUCCAUAUCCUAGUACAUACCAUCUCGAAAAAGGCCCGGGUCGCAUUAGAGGAUGCCGUCAAUCAUUGAGCCUCAUGAUGAGUUCAUGGGCGCCGUCCAACAGAUUAUUCUGUCAUCAUCUGAGACAGACUACAUCGACCAGCUGAUUCCGGUGAUGCGAGAUGUCAGAAACUCAGAGCGCGCAGGACAUCUCAUACAAGCCCUGAAUCAAGUCUCGAACGAUCGACAGGCUGAGAUUGAGCGCAUCUGCAACACCAAUCAUCAAGAAUUCAUCAGCUCCGUCAACCAGCUUCAGCGCGUCCGGGAGGGUACAGUCACUUUGACAGCCGAGAUUAUGAGUCUCAGUCAGUCAAUAGAGGCCACCACCGAGAAACUCGCGGAACAAAAGAGAGCUUUGGUUGAUUCCAGAGGCGUGAGGCAAAAUAUUGACGAUGCCACCCAAGCUUUGAAGGACUGCCUCGAGGUUCUGCGGCUUGCAAACCAGGUACACGAUCUUCUGCAAGAAAAGAACCGGUAUGCAGCGCUUCGAGCAUUGGACGAAUUGCAGAACGUCCACCUCAGGGAAGUGACCCGUUACAUGAUUGCAGGCAUGAUUGAGCGUUCGGUGCCCGCAACCCAGCGCUUGAUUGCUGAGGCUGUUAUGGCAGAUUUGAACACUUGGCUCUUCCGGAUUCGAGAGACUUCGCAAUUCUUGGGCGAGGUGGCAUUCUACCAUACUGAGAUGCGCCGUACAAGACACAAGAUGCGAUUUGAAGAAAACCCAGACCUCGCCAAUUUCAAACUCAACUCAGCAGUGGAGUCUGUCGCUGAUGAGAGCGAAGAAUUUGAUGUGCUGAACAAUGAGGAAGUGCAAGUCGAUUUCUCUCCACUGUUCGAGGCCAUUCAUAUACACAACGCUUUAGGCCAGAAUGAGAGGUUCCGUCAAGACUAUUCAGCAACCAGGAGGAGGCAGAAGGAGCUGCUCCUGCCCGCAAGUCUGGAUCUCCUAGACGAAGACGCGGGUGAACUGAGCACUCUGCUGGAGAGCAUCGCUGGGUUUGCCAUAGUCGAAAAGGCCACGAUGCUGAAGACAGAGAACUUGAGAUCCUUGACAGACAUCGAAGAGCUCUGGGACUCCAUGUGUCAGAGUGCUAUCGCACUUGUUAGCAAGUCUCUACCUACCAUCGACAACGAUGAUAGACUUCUGAAGAUAAAGGGGGUGAUCGCCCUCUUCGUGCAAACCAUGGGAAGCUGGGGAUACUCAGUUGAUAGUCUCGAUCAGUUGCUCCUUACAAUUUUCGACAAGUAUGCUCAGUUGCUGAAGCAGAGAUUCAGCGAAGAUUUCCAGGAGAUUGUUUCAACCGACGAUUAUAUGCCUAUGCCUAUCAACAAUCCCGAUGAGUAUGACAAGGUGAUCAACGUCAGUUGGUACACACCAGAGAAGGACCGCGAGCAGCAGAACUUCCCUUGUGUUCUUCCUUUCUCACAGAUGUACCCACUUUGUUGUAUCGACAUCCGGAACUUUCUAAAUCAAAUCUAUCUAUUCUCGGACGACCACUUCCAGAACUCCGGUGUAAUCGACGACACACUCAAAAGCUCAUUAGACGAGCUUCUUUGUCACAAAGUGUGCCGAUCACUUGUUGAACGACUCUCUUCGCAAUACCCCGGCCAGAUUGUGCAAAUUUUGACCAACCUCGACCAUUUCGAGACGGCAUGUCGAGAGCUACAAGACCUACUCGCAGAAGCACGCUCGUCGAGCAGCGCAGCCGGCCCAAUCGUGCUCGCCGCAACAGAAGAAUUCACUACAGCCAAGAAGGCAGCUGAGAAGCGCAUCUUUGAACUCGUCAACAGCAAGAUUGACGACUUGAUCGAGACUGCCGAAUAUGACUGGAGCUCCACCUAUGAACCACCUGCUGCCUCGCCGUACAUGCAAGAGCUGACACGCUAUCUCUCCGACGUCAUGUCCAGUGUUUUGCUUGGAUUGCCUGUGCAAAUUAAGGAGCUCAUCUACUUUGACGCUCUUGCCCAUAUCAGCAAUGCCAUCCUUGCAUUGCCCCUGGACCCCUCUAUCCGUCGCCUCUCACCUCAAAGUGUUACGGCCUUCCGCCUCGACACGGAGCAUUUGAUUGAGUUUGUCCGCAGUCUCGACAACCCCGUGUUGAUGGAAGGUCUUGACGAAUUGCGCCAGACGGUCGAGCUCAUGGCUGUAGCCAAAGAGGGCGAAGGACGCGCCGAAGAAGAGUUCUUCGACGUGGAGAAGGGCCGCAAGAGGUUCGGCAAGGUGGACAAGAUGAACGGAGCCGAGCUGCUCGAAAAGGUCAGUCAGGGCGUCGAGGCACAGAAGGCAGCUGCCGUUGCUCAGGCGGCCAGUCCAGUCGACAAGAAGUCGACCAUGAACUUCCCAGCCUUCGCCAGCAGAUUCAAGAAGGACAAAGACGCUUCAUAGAAGAUUGAUUGCAAGCAUGUUGGAAAAGCAGAAGCAGGAUACCCAUAGAUAGAGAUGUUUAGAAUUCAGUGGUUUCAUCAAAGUAGCCCGUUUUUCAUCAAGAGGCCAUAUUUUAUUUUGUACAAAGAAAUGGCAGGAGUUGCCUUUUUCAAUGGCGAUGUCUGCAGAAGUCAAGGCUUCUGGCUGUCCUGCAAUCCGUUGGGCCUGUUCGAAACCCUCAACACAAGCCCAUGCUUCGUUUCGUCUAUCGUACAGUUUCCGACCAGCUUAUCCUGCUUAGAUGGCAAGGGGAGAGAAGAGCUUGAUCAACGAAGGGCGAGGCACACUGCGGGUGUAACCAAGG